AAAGAAGGCUGUAACACGAAAUUUCAGUAAGCCUAAGGUUACCCUUCAGAAAUUGUCACACAAGUGUACAAUAUCAAGAUGUGGUCAUUUGCUUUAUUCCUUGGACUCGGUGUGCUGCUUGCAUUGCCAGAUCAAGGCCAAUGCUGUCGCGCGCAGAAGAAGAUCUCCUCCAUCUCGGCCUGCUCGUAAGUGAGAUUUAUAUGCCUAUAGUCAUGCAUGCUUUAUUUCCUAGUAGGAUAAAAUACUGAAACUACAUUCAGUGUGAAAUUUGAACUAAAAACCCCUCAGUUUUAUUCGAUUUUUGAUGCAUACACACGAAAUGUUGAAUGCGUCAAAAACCAUCACCACCAGGUCUUGAAGAAUUUGGCACUUAUACCGGCUAAAAGAAUUCCAGCGCGCGAAGACGAAGCAGUCGCUUUUCGGAUGGCAUUACCUUUAAGCAAGGUAUGAUUGUACAAUAAUUGUGAUAAUUUAGCAACGGUGCUAAGAUGCUAAAAAAACUAUGCCAAAAGAUGUUCAGUGAUUGUCUAAUUUACUGUGGAUUAUUUUCGGCCUCUAGUGUGCGUCAUAUCUUGUCUUUAGACUUUACACUCCAUGUGAUAUAUGAGGAAAGUUAUUUACCUAUUUACUAAAGAUUCGAGUUUGUAUUCGAUUCAUAUAAUGCUAUAUAUUAUUCAGAUCAGUAAAAUAUUAGAUUCAUAAGAUACAUAUAUAUGCAUGUUUACGCAUGGAAAGAUCUAAGUCGAGUAAAAUGUUAUCAUAAUUAUGGAACAAACGCAUAAAUAAAUAUAUACAGCAUUUAGUACUGUGAAUGAUUUUGUUUGGUCAUCUAGGCUAUUAAAUUGUAAACGCGUAUAUACGUACCUUUCAUAUAUUUGUAGAAUUUAGAAAUAAAUAUACACUUUUCCGUGCUUGUAUAUGUACGUAUGAAAAACAAAACAGUUAAAAAAGUUUAAAUUUAAGUAGAAGUAUUCUUAGUCGUGUGUAUAAGCAAAUACCAUUUCAAACCAUUAUUGGAAUUUGACAGUUUGCAACGUACUGAUUCUGAACGUUGGUUUAUUAUUGUAUACAUAGGAAUGUUAUUGCUUUUGUUCGGGAAUAGUUUAAUACUACGUAGUUUAAAAUACAUAUCAUUAUAUAAAUCUGUCUACCGUACUUUGAUUUAGACUGAUAAUUAUGACUUUAUGCUCUAUUAAAAGCCGACGUCAUUCGUAAAGAGCAAGAUGACAUUAACAAAUAUGAAUCCGCUCCUCUGGCUCUGGUCUGAGAUAUAACCCAUGGCCACGAUCUAUCCCUGAUACUUUCAGUGAAACUUGCUGAAAGGAACUGCGGAUUCAUCUGUGUUCUCAUAAAGAGUUAAAUGGAAAAGCAUGCGAGUAUCAGAAAGCCCGACUGCGCAGCAGACCCGUCGAUCUACGUGUAGUCUUAUAUAUGACCGGCCCUCUAGCUGCCAUCCGUUCAAAUCGCGCUUUUCAGGUCAUGUGGAAUCACAUAUUUUUUUAGAGAAAUUGCGCUGUGUCGCUUGUUAAUUCGAACGGAAUUUGAACUUUGCAGUUCAACUUUAAACAGUCAACUAAGCGAGCGGUACCGCUUGCGUUUUUCAAAACAGUCAUUGCAAACUACAUUAAUUUAUACUAUCAUUCAUUUAUAAUUUUGUAUGCUCGUUUAGAAACUAGGCCAAAAUUUUAAAGAUUUCGACCCUCGACUUCACCCUCGACCCUCGACUUGCGAUCCUCGACCCUCGACCAAAAUCCCAAAUCGCUUUGAAAUAAAUAAAGCUGGAAUACUACCUCCAAUCGGAGAUUUGAGGGCCAACUUGCAGGCCAGUCCCAGUCUUUUCACGCAUGCAAAAUAGCGUUCAAUCAGUCAAUCAUGAUAUAAACACGCGUGAUUUGCGUGACCUCGCGUCAGAUUUGGCUUCAAGACAAAUAUAGGCAGUUUAUCUGAAGUUAGCGUUUUUUUUUUAAAUUUUAAAACAUAAACAUUAAGACUUAAUUUAGUAUGACUUUGUCUUUGAUUUUGUUGUCAAAGUUUUGCCCAAAUAUGCACAGCUUUUCAGUUCAUUGCAUGCGAAAGUUUCCUAAAUUAACUUGUUCACAUUUUUGUAGAAGCUCGUUAUUUAGUAGUAGCAAAUUAUUUUUAUUAGCGCUCUGUACGAUUUAAAUUUAUUUCAUUUCAAGGUAUGAGGAAUAAGUUGAAAGUUUAUCGGCACAUCGUAUUACCGGUUUUGUGUUAAAUUUCAGUACAUUAAAAUAAAUCGCAUAGAAUGCAAAAUAACAUAUCUAGCUAGUUUAUAUAUUUUAGAGAUUGAUAGUUCUGUAGUAAAAAUGUUCAAGCUCCAUUUAUUUUUGCAGUUUUGUACCAAAAGUUAAAAAAAACAAUUAUCGUGUUGCCACGGCUAACAUGACGCCGCAACGUGAGCCUGCGUUCGGUGUAAUUAGGAAUACUUCAUGUUGAAACAAUGUUUGGAAAAUAUCUAUAGUAGCCGAGGGGUUGUUGCAUGCAUGUAUUUCUAGUUUACUUGUAAAUAUUCUACACUGAACAGAAUGUUACGUUAACACUUUAAGUGACAAUGUUCUCUACUUUAUUAUUUUAUUUUAUUCUGUUUAAUACCAGGCACUUUUACUCAUCGGGGAGAAUGCUGCUACUCAAUGGGUUAAUUAAAAUCUUUCUGUAGAUGAAAGUUUUGAACAAUAACUAUGUAAUAACUAUGUAAUAAGUCCGUCAAGCUAACCGAGAGUCCAUCAAGCUCACCAAGAGUUCAUGUGUGUAUAUACAUGCAUUAAUACUAUAGUGUCAUCCCAGAUUAUUUAAUGAACAAAGGUGAAUACACUUUAACCAUUGACACCACCCUGGUAUAUAGAGUAGGCUCUUGAUAUUCUCCAAUAUUUUACAGUGCGUCUACGGUAAGUGGGGCCACUUAGAGAACACUAACCAAUCACAUUGCAGAACAAAAAUUUAAAAAAUCAACAAACGGCGCAUUAGCCAAUCAGCAUUAGGCCAAAAACAAUUUGAACAAUUAAAUGAAUGUCAAACGGUAAAAAUAGACUUGAAAAGUAAACACUGCAGUUAAUGGCUUCCUGGAGCUUUCUUUUGAUUGGACGCGCUUUAGUUUGAUUAGAUUUUUCUUUUUGUUCUGCAAUGCGAUUGGUUAGUGUUCUCUAAGUGGCUCCACUUACUGUAGAUGCACUGUAAUAUUGGCUAUUCGCAACAUUCCUGCAAUCCAGCAUAUUAUGCAUAUAUGUAUAGUCAUGAUAUCAUUUCAAUCAAAAUUUGAUUAACCUUAGAACUGUAGUGCAGGAAGAGAUUUCAAGAUUUAUUCAGAAACUGCACUAUUUACAAAACAAGGAAAAUGUAUAUAAAAUUUUACAAAUAAUUAUGUUUUGAAUCAGUUAAUUUAAUAAAGUGAAGGUGCGCAGUGAUCAAAGGAGCAUAAACUUUCGAGUUGAUCACUAAAAAACUUUUGAUCACUAUAUAAAAAUCUUAUCGAGCGUAAGAAUGUAUCAUUAUACGCUAAAGCAAAUUGUAUGUUCUGUUAAAAUACAGGCCAUAUAUAUAGGCAUAUAUGUUAUUAUUAUAUAUCAAUAGUCAAAGUCGCAUUUUUCUAGUGUUUUAUUGGUUGAGAGCAUAUCACGUGAGAGUGACGAAAUUAUGCUGUCACCCUCGCAACAGCGCGAGAGGGAAACAUUAGAGAGGUUAAGAUACCCCGAUUCCGGUUUACGGGUACGGGUGAUAUACACGUACCCGUACCCGUAAAUCGGGGAAUAAUUUGUAACUUAAGAAAUCCAAGAAACUCUGGCGUGAGUAAACCGAUCAGAGAAUGGCAACUUUCGCUUGUUGAGGUUCGCCAUAAAUUGUUGAAUACUUUGACCAGCAUAUGUGCAUUAUUUAUUUGGGUAAGAUGUUAAAAAUUUGUAGUAUUUAAACCGCCCAAAAAUAGUAAACAGUAAACACCCGUACCCGUUUGUCGUUUACGUGUAGACCACGGUUUACCGCGGGGAAACGGGUAGAAAUUACGGGUAAAAUUGCUGACAUCAGCAAAAAUUGGUAAACAAAAUGGCGAUACUCGUACCCGUAAACCGGAACCGGGGUAUCUUAACCUCUCUAAUAUGUUAUCGACCGGCGAAUAACAAAGAAAAUCACGUGCGCUAUCCAUAGAUAUCUUAUAUACACUAGAUAGCGCAUCUCAUUUAGUAAAAUUGAAGCCAAGAAUAUUCCAGCGGUUACCCCCAUUUGAAUAGAUGGCGGCCAUGUUGGUCGUUCCCACUUGCUAAUAAAUGCUUAAAAACAACAAUAACUUUCAUCAUUUGAAUAGUUUAAAAACGUAUUUGGAAUAGGGUCAACUUAAUGUUUAAGUUCCCUGUUUAAGAAAUAGAAAACAUACGAAUCUUCUCAUUUCAUGGGAACGACCUGAGACUGCAAUCACGACUUCAAUUUUUGAAUUGCAGAAUAAUUAGAUGCACUAUCUAGUGUAUAUAAGAUAUCUAUGGCGCUAUCACGCGAAGAUGCGACCUUUGGACAUGCCUAGUACAUAAUUAAAACUUUCGCUUUAAGUGUAACUGCAGUGUAGCCAGUGUUUAAUAUUUAUCACUUAUUUACUGAGACCGAGGGAAACAGUGUGUUUUGUGGACCCGCGAGACCGUCGAUAAAUAAACAACAAAUUAAAGAACAAAUGAACGUAAAUACAUGAAAUAUUUUAUUGUUAAAACGUUAUAUUAAACACAGUCUACACUGCAGUUACUUAAAGCGAAAGUUUUAAUUACGUACUAGGCAUAUCCAAAGGUCGCACCUUCACGUGAUAGCGCGCGUGAUUUUUUUGUUAUUCGCCGGUCGAUAACGUAUUAUCUCCCUCUCGCGCUGUUACGAGGGAGACAGCCUCAUUUCUGUCACUCUCACGUGAUAUGCUCUCAACCAAUAAAACACUAGAAAAAUGCGACUUUGACUAUUGAUAUAUAAUAAAACGUUUUAACAAUAAAAUAUUCCAUGUGUUUACGUUCAUUUGUUCUUUAAUUUGUUGUUUCUUUGACUAUUGAUAUAUAAUAAAACACUUAUUUACUGAGACCUCGGUCUCAGUAAAUAAGUGAUAAGUAUAUACUUGAUUGUAAUAUAAUUGUAGGGCUAAUAAAUUCUUUUGACUUGAAAAAUGUCUUUAAUUUAUCAGUGAUUUAAUUUAAAGUUAAUAAGGACUUCAGUUUCUUUACUUCAAUAUAUAAGAGUUAUUUUGACUCAUAAAUUGGAGUAAAUUUUACUCCAGUAUUUCAACUACAAAUUAGGAGUAACGUUUACUCCAUUCUUGAAGUUAUUUUAACUCCGGAGGGAGUAGUUUUUACUGCAAUUUUGGUGUACUUCACAAUUGGAGUUAAAAUACUGGAGUAAAAUGUACUCCAAAACAAAAGUUGGUUUGUAUCUUUUUUACUCCACUUUUGGAGUUAAAAUGACUCCCCGAAAUUACAGUUUGGAUUAAUAAAGCACAAUUUUACCAAUUGUAAAUUUUCGAUUCAAACUGAAUCAUCCGUCAGGCAAAAACGGAAUUUACAGAAAUAUACGUAUAUUUAUAGAAAUAUUGGUAUAAUUUAUCAAUCACACAUGAGCCGGAGUGGUAUAUGAGCUAAAGCGAAUUGUUUUGCAGAAGCAACUGUAAAUAUACUCUAAAAAAUAAUUUUACACACCAAGUUGUGUAUAACCACAAUUACACAUCUUUUGCAAUAUGAAAGCAAAGGUGGUUUUAUCUCGAUUUACCUUGCAUAUAUAAUUUACAGUUAGUUUUUUUCUCGUUUUAGCGGUUCCACCGAAGUCGACAACAGUUCGACCUAUAUACAAUAUAGCUCAUAUGGUUAACUCUGUCAAGCAGAUUGAUACCUGGUUGGGGUACGGAUCAAACGCGCUUGAGGUAGAUGUUUCAUUUACAAAAGAUGGCACACUUGACUACUUCUAUCACGGGACACCCUGUGAUGCUGGUCGCGAUUGCAUACGUUGGGCUUACAUUGGGAACUACAUCAAAGCUCUUCGAGAGAGAACACUUCAUGACAGCCAGAAGCUCAACAUGCAGGCAAUUGGUUUUGGUUAUGUUUGAUGUUAAGUUGAAAAAUGUAAAGAAAAAUAGUUUAAGCACAGCCGGUGAGAAAUUUGCUAACAAAAUCUUAAUUCCAUUGUAUAAAGAUAACCCUACCAAGAUGAAGGUAAUAAUAAGCGUUCCAGAUUUUACUUUGAAAGAUUUCAUUGUUGCGGUUUUGAGUCAACUGAAAGCAACUGGGAAUCCAGACAUCAUUCAAAAGAUUGGCUUCGACAUCAGCUGGGAAUCGAAGUUAACUGAAUCAGGUGAGAAAGAGAAAGCAUUGAGGGAUCUUGGCGUUUCUCCAUAUCACGCUUGGCUUAGCAGUGGAAUAACAAACUGGAGUCCGAAAAAGUACUUGGACGAACUGUCAAGUCAAGUGAAAUAUCGAGAUAACGGAAACUAUUUCAGCAAAGUGUAUGCAUGGUCAGUUGACAAAAAAUCAACAGCGAAGACUUAUCUUGAAAUGGGUUUGGAUGGUCUUAUUAUGAAUUUUCCUGGUAGAAUGAACGAAGCAAUUGCUGAGAUUAACAAAAAGAAGGGACAAACCAUGCGGUUGGCAACAUUGGACGAUGAUCCGUUUGAGUUAAUUAAGUAAUUUGAAAUUUUUAAAACUUAAGCGGCAUCCUUUUAAACUUUUAACAAAUUGACGUGGACUAUAAAACACGUUUAUCUGCUAACUUUUGGCAAAUUUGUACUGACUCAAUUACCUUUAUUCUAUUAAUUGUAGCUAUAUGUUUCUGUAAACUAGACCAAGAAAAGCUAAGAAUGUGUGAUAUCUAAAAUUUUUAACUCUAAAGUAGUAAACAUGUAAGCAACGUUCAUCAAAUUUGUUUAUUUAGCAUG